GCGGGCGCCGCCAAGGCCGGGGAGGCGGCGCUGGGGCCGAGGCCGGGGUCAGACUUGCUGUCUCCGCUGGCGUUCGGGGGAAGCUGCCACAAACACCCGAGCCGGCCGGUGCAGCUCUACUGCCGCAUGUGUCGUCAGGCAGGGUGCGGGCAGUGCGUCUCCGAGGAGCACCAGGGCAUCUUCCACUCCGUCAACCUUAUAGACACGGUGUACCAGGAAGAAAAAUUAACCUUCUUCAGCACUCUGAAACAAAUGAGAAUAAUAAAUGAGAAGCUGAUGAAUGAGAUCUCAAAACGACCGAACGAUACGGAUAUGAUGCUGAAAAACGAUGUGGAGAUAAUUGAGCUGAAAUUUGGAGAAAUUUUCAAAACUCUAGAAAUGAAAAAACAGCAAUUACUAGAGGAUGUUGAAAAUCAAAGAGGUAAAAAAGAGAAAGAAUUUCAGAUUUGGAAGAAAAUGAAAGAAACUCACAAGAAGACCAUUGAGAAUUUUUUGAAGGAUUGUGAAAAGCUUGUCCAUGAGUGUGAUCCUCAGCGUUUCCUGGAGGUUGCCUGUGGCUUGAAUACAAGAAUGAAAACUCAGCUUGACGUGAUGAAUAUAGCAUCCAGCUGGGAAAGACCACCAGUGUGUAUGCCAAAGAAGAUGGAUAUCAAAUCUGUGGUUAAUGAAAUCGUAGCUUUGGAAUUAACACCUGUUAAUGUAGGCAUUGUUAAAGGUCAACCAUAUGAAGGAAAUGAGAACUCAAGUCUAUUUAAAAAUACGCUGAAGCAGUGUCAGGAGCAGAAGAAUAUGCCAAACACAUUUCUUCCUGUAGUGGGACAGGAUGAAGCAGAUGGUAGGAGGAUCGCUACUCGUUUUAUGUCGAUAUCAGAAAUGUCAGCAUUUCAAAAUAUGAGUCAUGAGGAGUUACGUUACAAAUACUAUAUGGAACUUCAGAAACUCACCAAUGUCUUCAAGACACAAAAUUUACCUGCAAAUAAAAAGUAUAAAUUUGUAACUGCUGAGGCCUCGAAGGAUAAGUCCUCAGGAAUUCCUUUUGUAUCUUCACCUACCAAAGCAAGUAACACAGAUAAAAUAAAAACGGCAAACCUGCGAAGAGCAGGCCGCUUUGACAAAAGAAACUUUAUUGGAAGCAUCCCAUCCACAAAUACGAACUUCUCUGAAACAAAUGGUGACUUACGAUUAUUUCAUGAGGGAAAUUCCCAGGAAGUAACCACUCAAGACUCAGACAACUUCAAAGACUUGUUAGGUAAAGAAAAAUUACAGCCUUCCUCAGCUACUGUUUUGAAUGAAAUGGACACAAAUUCUAGCACUUCAUCAGGCAUAAAACAAGCAACAACAGUAACUGUUACUGCUUCAAGUUCAGAAUCUCUAGAUGUUUCUCCAGAGAGACUUUCUGGUGUACCUUUUACUUUCAGUGCAACUAAUGACUCAUUACCAAGAUUAAUUAAAGAUAGAGGUACAUCUUCCUUUAAAAAGCAGGACAGGAAAUGUGCUUUUCCUCAGUUUUAUCUGGGGAAAUGUGAUAAUGUGGAUAAAACUGAUAACCAGGAUAGACAUGGUCCUGAAACCAAAACCACAGUUUGUGAUUCUUCCACCAGUCCUAGUUUAGACUCAGCAGAAAGUACAAAGCCAUACAUUUUGUUUCCCUUUGGCAAUUCAGAAAAAGACUGGUUUGCAAGAUCAGAAGUUGGCAAUUCAUUUAAGGUUUUACCACCAUCUUCGUUUUUUAGCCGAUCUGAGAAGCCAUCUGACAAAAAAAUGUUAUCUCCCAUGAGAGAAAAAACACAUUGUGCAAAGGAAACUGCAGGAUAUGAUACACAGAAACCAUCUGUCUCACGGGAACAAAGACCUCAUGCCUCAGAAUCCACCACAACUGUAGCUUGCAUUACUUCAGAAACCAACCCUGCUGCUGGGGUGAAUGAUGUCUCUGAGUCACCCCUUCUGACCAAUAAUUGUGCAUUUCCCUUCAAAAGUAACUUUCCAUUGCCUUCAUCAGUAUUUUCAUUUGGAGGUAUUGUUAAAAGUACUUCUGAUUCACUGACUUCUUCUGUGUUUUUUUCUGGAAACAGAACUGAAAAAAUGGAAAAGGAAAAGAGCAAAUCUCCUGACAAAACACUUCUGAAUCUAGGGAGGCCUGUAUCCUCAGAGUCUGCAGAGCCUCCUUCUAGUCAUAGUCAUCCAAAAUGCGAAGGCUCAUGCUUUCCUGUGAACUCAGCUAAAAAAGCUGAAAGUGCAGAAAUGCUUGGUGAUGGUAAUGCUUCUUGUGGUCAGCCUUUAUGUUCAGUUGUCCUUCCAGUUGAAUAUGAGAAUACAUCUUCCACUCAAAUCACUACAGCAACAAAACAAGAAAAAAUGGUAAAAGAUGAAGAAACUGUUGCGGAAAACAACUGUGCGUGUCCUGGGAGGGAAGAUGAACUCGAGCCUGUACAGUUCCAGAACGCAGCUUCUUCUGUUCCUGGCACAUGCAAUGAUCUGUCUUUAGGAGGUUCUGUAUAUGUAGUAAAUGAGACAGGAGGAAUGCCAAGUGACAGCAGUUCUGACACUGAGGAGCUAAGUCAAACAUGUGUCCCUACUGAUACCAGCCAUGCAUCAGAAUAUUUUUCUGUUGCUGAAGACAGAAUGUCUACUAGAAGAAAAUCAGACAUGAAGAAAGAGUGAAAUAGAAGAUAAUUAUACUUAAAUAAACUAGAAAUAAAUAAAUACUACUUAACACAUUAAAA